GUAGUUCUCGGUAUCAGUACAGUCUCAUUAAGAUGAGUCUCAAUGUCUCACGUCAGCAAAACUGUCUCACACAGAUUGUCACAAAGGCUCAGUCCUAAUCUCCAUCGUCAUCCCCAACUUUCUCUCCUCUCGCUCGAGCACAAGUCAUCAUGGCAACUAAAAUAGUUAUUCAGCAGCCUAAGCCACUUGUUCUGGCUCCUGGUUCUGACCAAUGGUCCACUGGCGUCUGUGAAUGUGACAACCUCAAUGAUUGUUGCUUUGCGUUCUGGUGCUGCCCAUGUUUCGCCUGCAUCACAGCUAGAGAUCACGGAGACUGUCUCUGCCUGCCUCUGUUGGACAGUUUUGGCCUCAUCCCACCCAUCACUAUGGCCAUGAGAGUGUCUGUUCGACGCACCUAUGGGAUUGAGGACUCUAUCUGCAAUGAUUGUGUGUUGUCCUUCUGCUGCGGGCCGUGCUCCUACUGUCAGAUAAGACGUGAGAUGAUUUCUCGCAACCACCCCGUCACCCUCUUCCGCAACCGAGCAAAAUAAAGAACUUCAUUAUCAGUCACUAACUGAAUCCUCAGCUCUGGAAAGGAAUAAGCUUUUAGCAUGUUGGAGAAGUGUAUUGCUCUCUGUUUGGAAUUCAGCUCUGAGCCAAGGAAUGAUGUGGAUUUCAGAUGUAGUCUGCUCAGGAAUGAAGACUGGAAACUCUCUCUGAAAAUACAUGAUUGUUUAGGAUAACAAACCAUGUUGAUGUAUUGAUGUAGAUUUGGAGCACAUUGACACAAUGUUUGUAUCAACUGUGAAGCUAUCACUUUGAAUCAUGAGGUCCUUUUUAAUUUUGUUUCAAGGCUCUUGCUAUUAGUUAUGUUUUGCUUACUGUUAUAAAUAUUUGUUAAUAGAUUGUGUCAUUGUACAUAUGUGGAAAUAAAAAUUGUGACAAAAA